UUGCUCCCCAGGGAAGGAGUGUGGGCGGGCUCAUGCCACAGGGCAGUGCUGCAGGGGCAGCACAGAGUUGUGGUUCCCACAGGCUCUUGGGCAGGAGCCAGCGCUGAGCUCAGAGUUUCCAUGCAGAGCAGCUUGUUCACAUGCCAGAGGGUGAGGGAGCACAGCUCCAGCCCCGAGGGUCCUGCUCUAGGGCAAGGCUGUGGGACCACAGGGGUUCUAGAGAGCCACCACUGCCUUGCCCCACACUGGGACCCACAUCUCCCACCCAGAGGACCUGGCUACGAGGUGGAAGGGCAGGAGCAGCCCCCUCCCUACAGGGGAAAGAUGACACUUGUCUCUGUGUCUCUCUCUGAAGAGGCUGUGCCAGCCUGCUGGGCAUCACAGUUCCCUGGGGACCAGCUGGGGUGGAGCACAGCACGGGGGAUGAGGCGGGGUACAGGCCCCAGCCAGGGUGGGUGGGACCAUGGGACCAAGACACAGCUCAGAGCUGUCACAUACCCGCAGCACAGCACUGCGCCACAGGGCAGCCGAGACCCCUGGAGAGCCAGCGACACCCUGACCCUGCCCUGUUUUCACGGGGUGUAAUGGCACCAGGCAGAAGGGAUGCGUGCCGUGGGCGGGGGGCAGUGGGAACGUGUGCCACAGCCCAGGCUGCCUUCUGCAAGGCCACGGCCGGACACCGGCAGCUGGUGCUGCAGCUUGGGGGGAGCAGCGACAGCCCUCGGCUGCGCGAGGAGCGACGCAGGAGGAGCGCAGAGGCCUGUGAGCUCAGCACGGGGCUGCGGCAGGUGCUGCUGGCGGGGCUGCGGCGGGCCCCAGCGAGCCCUCUGGAGCGGCAGGAGCUGGAACGGCUGUGGGUGCUCUUCCUCUCUGCCCUGGAGCUCUUCCUGCAGGACCUGUACAGAGCCCAGCACCUCUGCCAGCUCUUCUCCACGCAAGGGGGUGGUGUUGCGCCACUGCGCACUGGGCUGGGGGGCUGGGUGCUGCCCAGCUGGCGAGGAGGGGGUCCCACGCAGUCCCCGACAGCCCAGUGCUUGGAGGAGGAGAUUGAGCAGGUGAGGACCACGUUGGCAGAGAUGGAGAGUGGAGCCAACGUUCCACCAUGGACAGUGGAAGCCACGGAGACCACACAGCCAGCAGGGACAGAUGGCACCAUAGCGAGAGCAGCUUGGGGAGGCUGCUGUGGGGUGCUGUGAGCUAGAGGGGGCAGGAGGUAGCAGCAGAGGUGGCACCCCUGUCACAGAGCAGGGGGACAGAGCCCCUGUGUACCCCUACAGUCCUCAACCCCUGCCUUUGCAGUUGAUGGUGGGGGCUGCUUCCACCCUGAGGAGGGAAUGGGACCACUCCAGGCCCCCAAAUAUUGAUAAAGCCCCUGUUAUUCCACAGGGGUCAGUGUGCCUUCCACCCUCCCUGCCCACACUCGCAGAGGGGCCUCUGGGCACGUGAGGUGUGCCAGGCUGCCACAGAAUCCCCUGCAGAACUUAUAAACGUGCAUUUAUUUAUACAUUAA